AUGCAUAAUCAGAAUGAUUUAUUAAAGGAUUACAUUGUACGUUCAAGUCAUGUUUUAGAAGCGUCCAGUUUGCGUGUAGAAGGAUUAAACAGGGACAGGUAUGACGGGGUUAGCGACAAUAACCGCAUCGGGAUCCCCGUCCACGUUGGACCCGCUAUCAUCGACGAAUACGAGCCCAUCCACGUCGGACCCGCCAUCGUUGAUGAGCAGGAGGUCGCCCCCGUUAUCCCCGCUCCCUCUGCUAACCCCCCACUUGUUCAAAUCGUCUUGAACAUCAACUCCCCAGUCAACGUGCCCGGCUCCCCUGUCGUCGUUGAGACCAUCCCUCAGCCCACCCCCGUGCAAGUUGUCGAGGAGGCUGAGGUCGUCGAUCCCGUCAUCGUUGUUGACAAGCCCGUCAUCACCGAGCCAGUCAUCGUUGCCCCCAUCGUCCCCUCUCCCGUUGUUGUUCUUCCCGACAUCCUUAACUAAGCAUAGACAAAACUGUGUCAUUACAUAAUAAUACACUUACAGUAUGUAAAAUACCACAAUUUGUCACACUGUUUUGAUACUUAAUGCAAUAAAGAUAUUAUUAUUAUAAA